AUGGAAGCUCAGGCUGAUAGAGUGAGGACUCUGGGAGAAUGGGAGCAAGGUUGGAAAGAGGGAGAGAUUGGCUUUCACCAGUACUGCGUGCACAAGUAAAUACCUUAUUGUCUACUGAAUCUCUUCUGUAGUUCUCAAAGAAUGACAGACUGUGACUUUAAAAGAUGUCUGUCAUCUGAAUAGGCCUAUUGUGUGAAAUGACCGAGAUGCCGUUCACUGCCUUUUUCAGUGGUACAACAUUGCUCCUUUUUCUUAUGUAAUAGGAUGUUGGAGAGCUAUAUUGACAAGGUUCUCUGUGGACGGAAGAGAAUCCGUUUUUUCUUCCCUCUAUGUGGGAAAGCUGUUGAUAUGAAAUGGUAGGUUGUGGAAAUUUAAAAAACAACAUGAUAUUACAUUUCUAUAACCAUAGACAUUUUUUGUUUUGUAUUUUAAUUUGGCAAGAACUUGUACAUACCUGAAUGAUCUUUUCCUACCUGUUGAUACACAGGCUUGCAGAUAUGGGACACUCAGUUGUUGGUGUGGAUAUAGCUGAGAUGGGUAUCAGGCAGUUCUUUGAAGAUCAGAAGUUGAUCUACAGUGAAGAAGUGGUCCCAGCAAUACCUGGUGCCAAGGUUUACAAGGUAUGAAGAAGACCAUGCACUUCAGUUAGCAUCCUGAUGGGCAAUCUCUUGCGUGUCCAUCCUUCCAUGUAAUCCUUUUGUGGAUCAUAUUGAUUAUGCUUUCACUGAAAAUGUGGCUUUCUUGCACAGAGUUCAGAUGGAAAUAUAUCCUUGUACCAGUGUGACCUAUACAAAUUCUCCAGGUAAAGAUAAUUUGAACAGUAACCCAUUUCCCCACAUUUCUUAUGUUAAAGGGUUACAUUAAAGUUUUCUAAAACUAUGAAUGUUUGUUUUUUAAGUGCCAUUGAGGGUCAGUUUGGAGGGAUUUGGGACAGAGGCUCCUUGGUGGCCAUCAACCCACGGGACAGAGAAAAGUAAGACCACAUGAAAUGGACUUCUCUGAUAUUCAACAAGAAAGCACAGAUUGUUUUGACACAAAUUCUGUCUGUUGUUUACUGUAUGUAACAGGUAUGCAGCACUGAUCAUGUCGUUAAUGGACAAGGACUGCCAAUACCUCUUGGACACUUUUUUAUACAAUCCUGAAUUGUUCAAAGGUAAGAUAUUCCCUGAAAUAACAACCCAUUUGUUCUAGAUGCAUGUGAGUAACAUAUUGUUUCAAACAUACAGUAGAGUAUGCAUGUAGGUUAUUAACCUUCCAUUGUCAUUCUUUAACACCUCUCUAUAGGUCCUCCAUUUAAUGUGCCUGAUGUGGAGGUAAACAGACUUUUCGGUGAGUUUUAUUAAUACAAUUACGUUUGUCAUUGAUAAUACCUUUAUUGCUAGUACUGCCUUUUUUAUACCUGUCAUUGAACUGAAUUUGAUAUUUAACACAAAAACCAAUUGAAUGAAAUAUAAGAAGAUAUUGUAUGAGAGAAUUGUGGUAAGGUAGUUUUAUGAUAUUCAUUUUCUUUUGUAUGUAUUCCAGGGAGGAGUUGUGAUAUUGAGUUUAUACAAUCUUCGGAUGCUCUCCCAGACGUGAAGGAUAAGGAAUGGGGCUUGGACGUCUUCAUAGAGAGAGUUCAUCUCCUCACCCCAAAGGCCUCAUAA